AUGUGGAAGCUGAAAAUUGCGGAGGGAGGGAGCCCGUGGCUGCGCACACUCAACAAUCAUGUGGGCAGGCAAGUGUGGGAGUUUGAUCCCAAGCUUGGCACCCCCGAAGAGCUCCUCGAGAUCGAGAAAGCUCGCGAGCAUUUUCACAACAAUCGGUUCGUUAAGAAACACAGCUCCGAUCUGUUCAUGCGCAUGCAGUUAUCCAAGGAGAACCCAGGUCAUGCUGUUUUACCCCAGAUCAAAGUAAAAGACACAGAAGAUGUGACUGGGGAGACAGUGACAAAUACAUUAAGAAGGGCUAUAAAUUUCCAUUCAAGUCUUCAAGCCCAUGAUGGACAUUGGCCCGGGGACUAUGGUGGCCCUAUGUUUCUACUGCCUGGCCUGGUAAUUACUUUGUCUAUCACUGGGGCAUUGAAUGCAGUCUUAUCAGAUGAGCAUAAGAAGGAGAUUUGUCGAUACCUUUACAAUCAUCAGAACAAAGAUGGUGGGUGGGGCUUACACAUUGAGGGCCCAAGUACUAUGUUUGGUAGUGUCUUGACUUAUGUUACUUUAAGGUUGCUUGGUGAAGGAGCAAAAGAUGGACAAGGAGCGAUGGAGAGUGGGCGUAAAUGGAUUCUGGACCAUGGUGGUGCUACUGCAAUUACAUCGUGGGGGAAAAUGUGGUUAUCAGUACUGGGAGCAUUUGAAUGGUCUGGCAAUAAUCCCCUGCCCCCUGAGAUAUGGCUUCUUCCGUACAUGCUGCCUAUCCAUCCAGGAAGGAUGUGGUGUCACUGCCGAAUGGUUUAUUUGCCAAUGUCUUACUUAUAUGGAAAGAGGUUUGUUGGCCCAAUCACACCAACAGUCUUGUCUUUGAGGAAAGAGCUUUUCAAUGUUCCCUAUCAUGAAAUAGAUUGGAAUGUGGCUCGCAACCAGUGUGCAAAGGAAGAUUUGUACUACCCACACCCCCUUGUACAGGAUAUACUUUGGUCCUCUCUCCAUAUGGCUGUUGAACCAAUCUUAAUGCGUUGGCCUGGAAAGAAGUUGAGAGAAAAAGCUCUUAAAACUGCAAUUGAGCACAUACAUUAUGAAGAUGAGAAUACUCGUUAUAUUUGCAUUGGGCCUGUGAAUAAGGUGUUAAAUAUGCUUUGUUGUUGGGUAGAAGAUCCGAAUUCAGAGGCUUUCAAGUUGCAUCUUCCAAGAAUCUAUGAUUAUCUAUGGAUUGCUGAGGAUGGCAUGAAAAUGCAGGGUUACAAUGGAAGCCAGUUAUGGGACACUGCUUUUGCCGUUCAAGCAAUUAUCUCAACCAACCUUGUAGAAGAAUUUGGUCCAACUCUAAGAAAGGGACAUAAAUUCAUCAAGGAUUCACAGGUUCUAGAAAAUUGCCCAGGUGAUCUUGACUUUUGGUAUCGCCACAUUUCAAAGGGUGCUUGGCCUUUCUCUACUGCUGAUCAUGGAUGGCCCAUCUCAGACUGCACCGCAGAAGGAUUGAAAGCUGUUCUAUCAUUGUCAAAAAUUCCAUCGGAAAUUGUUGGUGAACCACUAGAUGCAAAGCGGUUAUACGAUUCUGUCAAUGUCGUACUCUCAUUGCAGAAUACUGAUGGUGGCUUUGCAACAUACGAACUUACAAGAUCCUACAGGUGGUUAGAGUUGAUCAACCCUGCUGAAACCUUUGGUGACAUUGUUAUCGAUUAUCCUUAUGUCGAAUGUACCUCAGCUGCUAUUCAAGCUCUGGCAUCAUUUAAGAAACUAUAUCCUGGUCAUCGGAGCGAAGAAAUUGAGCAUUGCAUCAAAAGAGCUGUUGAGUUUAUUGAAAAGAUACAAGAAUCUGAUGGUUCAUGGUAUGGUUCAUGGGGUGUUUGCUUCACUUAUGGUACAUGGUUUGGGGUAAAAGGGUUGGUGGCUGCUGGAAGGAACUAUAACAAUAGCUCUAGCAUUCGUAAAGCUUGUGAUUUUCUGCUAUCAAAACAGCUUGCUUCUGGUGGCUGGGCCGAGAGUUAUCUAUCAUGUCAAAACAAGGUGUACACAAAUCUUGAGGGUGAUAGGUCUCAUGUGGUAAAUACCGGAUGGGCCAUGUUGGCUCUUAUUGACGCUGGGCAGGCUGAGAGAGAUCCAACACCGUGGCACCGUGCGGCAAGACGUUUGAUAAAUUCUCAAAUGGACAACGGGGAUUUUCCUCAAGAGGAAAUCAUGGGUGUCUUCAACCGGAAACUGUAUGACACGUAUGCCGCAACCGGAACAUUCCCUAAUGGGCGUUGGGAGGAAUACCGCUGCCGGGUGUUGCGCUUCAUGAGCUAA